GCACUAGUGGGUAAGGAGUGUGAGAGCGAGUCCGACUGUGGAGCGGGCGAGUGCUGUCAGAUCCUUAGUGAGUUUAUGGUGGUGAGUCGACGAGCUGUGGAACUGCCCCCGCCUGAAAUCUUGAUGCCUGGGUCCACAAAAGGAACAUGUCAGAUGUACCGAGUGGAAGGUCAAGGUUGCGACAGCCUCGCAAAGAUCAACGGCUACUGCGGCUGCGGUCCGGGGCUGUACUGUAACGUGUACGAGGCGCCCCUGCCCACCACCGCCAAACACGCGCCACCACUCACACGCAGGGACAUGCGCCCUUCUAGGCCUGGCUAUCAUUGGGUGUCUCAGUGCGAUAAGACCAACAGCACUACAAAACAGCCGUGAAUCCAAACCUAUACGAAGAAAAGAUGGCCACCGUUCAAUUUCAAAAUUUGGUAUCGGAUAGACAGUAGCAAUGGAGACAAGAACAGUAACAUAACCAAAAACAACAAUAAAGAUAAUAACAACAGCAACAAUACCAAUGAUAACAACAGGCUAAUGAUUUUAGAAAAACAACCAUAUGUGAAAGAUCAAAAUACUACUACUACUACUACAGGGUCUGUGGAUUGCAAAAUCAGAAUAAUAAUUUGACAGUCAAUGGUUUUUAUGAAUAUUGUCUUUACUUAUUUCGUUGUUCAGUUUAUAUGAUGGGCUCGUGGACAUAUUCAAACAGAAUAUGAGUUGCAUCCCUUACUCAAAAUUUUACUCGUGUUGCACUGAGGACAACAACACAGCACUUAUAUGACCUUAGUGUGUUGCAAGUGCCGUAAAACUCUUACUUAAAAUUAAGGACUAUUACUGUGUUUUACAAGGUAUGAGAAAGGGAAACAACGGCAAAGUGAACUUAUACAAAAAACAACAACAACUCCCCCCUACCUGAACUGAAAGCUGAGAGAAAGCUAUCAUUUUUACUCUGUGCCAGUUAAGCUGUUUACAAUGAGAAAUUUCAUUUCGCCAAAUUGAGUCAAUAAUUAAAAAAUCACGGUUGCAAUAAAUCUGUUAAAGCAUUA